GUCUGGCUGGCAUCACUGCGGCGGAGCCAGUGUGGUCACGUAGUCCCAUCGCGCCGCAUGGUGGAUGGACGUUACUCCCGUUCGGACACCGGAAUAAAAUGCUGUAAAAAUUGUGCGUCGUCGCCGUCGCACCGGAGAGGAAGGAGCGCCGUGCCAGCGGAGAUUGUCCCUCGUCGAUCCCACUUUUGCGCAAAAUACUGGCGUUUGUCAGCUACUUGAAGGCUGUGAGCACGACUGUUGUGCGUUUGGCUUAAGCGGUGGUCUAAACGCAUCGGAAGAGAAAUUUCUCUAGGUGAUCCAAAAUGAAGUGGACAUCCACUACUCCCUUCAACGAACAAGUGAGUGAGCUCACUCGUUUGUUCUCCCAGUGGAACGAAUGCGAACAGACGGUCGUUCUUUAUGCCUUGCUGCGUAUUAUACCUGCCGUACAGGCGAGGUUUCUCUCGCAGGCGAUAGAGCACUCUUUGCACUCUGUGGCAGAAUUGGAUACCAAGGAAAUAAAUGCCAAUAAUCCAAAUUACAUCAACUCCUUGUCGACGGAGUCAACGGAGAUUGCGAUUAAUCAGCUCUUGACACAUUUGCCUUUACUAAAGCCCGGGAAUGUAGAGUGCAAGAAGAGCUAUCUGGUAGCUAUACCAGAAUUGGUGAGCCAUUGCGUGAACACGGGACAGUAUACAGAGCAAACGCAGCAGCUUUUGAGCUACACUCUGAUACACCCAGCCAUAACCGGCCAAGACAGACGUCUUUUGACGCAGUGGCUGAGAGACCUGGAAGAACGUAUCAGCAGUACACCACCCAUUACCGGUUUCGAAGAUUAUCCAUUAAGAUGGGAAAAUUCAUCAUGGCAGAGGACCUCCAAGCAUCACAGUGAUCAGUCAAAUCUGUUCAAUACGCAACCGGGCGCCGCGUUUAACUUACACUUUCCCACGUCCGUUAACCGCCAACGUCGUUCGAAUAGCCUGACACCACCGGUAGCGCCGCCGCAUCAUCUCGAAAUUGUCGAUCGUACCAAUAACACGAACACCUCAUCCAGACACAAGCCGCGCAGCUUUAGUGUCUCUGGAGAUCAUGCCAGCAAUAUUAUUGGUUUGGGUCCACUGAGCCCACAGAGUUCCUGUGCGAGCAGCGGUAGCGAGGGUCGUUUGGAUGACGCUUCGAAUCGUUCGCUCGCGAGUGGCAUGAGAGAUGUACAAUUAUGGCUUAAAACAUUACGACUUCAUAAGUACAGUUAUCUGUUCGCUACCAUGAGUUAUGAGGAUAUGCUGCAAUUGACAGAGGAUCAAUUAGCAGAGCAAGGGGUUACGAAAGGUGCUAGACACAAGCUGGCUCUCUCUAUCGCUAAACUGCAGCAGCGAUACAACACGCUUUUGAAUCUAGAAAAGGGUCUCGUACAACCUAGUACCCGCGACGGCAUGCAAAACGCUUCGUUCUCGCAGGGUCCGUCACUGCUCAUUAAUACAAUGGAAGAGCUUAAAACUAUUCUAGCCACUCCUAUGAAACCGAAUCAAGAAGGCGAUCCGCAAGAUAUUCCUGCACAAUUUACAAAAGUACUUGGAAAAUUGUGCAGUAGAUUAGCUUUGGAAAGCGUCGAGGACGGUAUUUUGUGCGCGUACGUCAACAUUUUGGAAAAGGUGUUGCAGCACGACUGUUUCACCCAGAAUCAGAAGGAGAAAGUGCAGCAGUGGCGCAGUAGACUUGGCAAUCCGCGUCCGACUCCAAAAUGGCAACAUAACUACGGAUAUAAUAAUAGGAGAUAUGGAAAUCCGCAACAGCACAACAGGAAGCCAAGUUUGAAUUUGAAUCACAUUCACAAUAGCCAUUCGCAUAAUCAGUUCAUGAUUGCUUCGCACAGAAACAGUAUAUCGACACCGUAUUUGCAAAAUAACCAGAAUCAGACUCAGAAUAUGAAUAAUAUGAAUACGAAUAAUUUGCGCGCGGUACAUGCGACCGAGAAGAGACCCAGUUUACAGGAGACUAGCUUGCAGCAAUUACAGAAGACAUUGCAACGUGCGUAUAGCGCGCCACGUGACCACUUCUUGGGACACUCUGCCAAUGGAGCGAACGAGACAACGGAACCGGAAAUCAAUUCUCGCUUGGAGUCCCUCUGCUUGAGAAUGACCGAGCAAGCGAUCGGUGGGUUCGGCGAGGCCUAAUCUUCCAUAUUUCGCGUUCCGAGAUUCGUAAGUAAGUCCUCGCAUUUGAACAAUCCUUUUCGGAUUCUCGACUCCGAAAACUGAGGGAAAUUCUGUCCGCCAAGACGCGAGUCAUCUCUAUCUCGCGCUCGCUCGUGUUUUGGCGAACAGCACGUUUGAAGUCAUCAGUUUUAUAGUGAUACUGCAAUGGAGACGACACAUUUUUUUUUGUGUGCUAAUAUCUGCGUGUACACACACUUAUGCUUUAAUAUCUUAACCAAAUGGAAAAAAAAAUGUCCGACACGCGCGACAUAUUACUAAGAGAGAGAAAGAGAAAGAGAGAGAGAGAGAGAGAGAUAAAGAUAAGUUUUUCUUUUAAGAUCGAACGACACACGUAUACAUAUACACACAAAUUAUUUUUUAUUAUGUCCGAUGCAAUUGUAUUAUUUAAUUGACAGAAUUUGGCAAGCCAAAUGCUAUUUAGAAAGAUAGAUUCUUUCCUCGAUUGUUUGCUGCAACCGUAUAUAUAAAGAUAUAUAAGAGGAAGUAUAUUAUAUAUAUAAAUAUAUAUAUAUAUAUAUAUACAGACGCGUACGAUAGAAUUUUAUGGGGCAGAAAGGGGAGAAAGGAAUUUUAAAUCAUAUAAAAUACGAGGAAAGAAAGAUGGAAAAAUAACAUUACAUCACCAUGCGAUGUUCUGCAAUAUUAUUUUUUGUGUUAUCCAUUUUACGAAAUGGAAUUCGUCUUUUUUAAGCGCUGCGGAGACGUUAUAGUAACGUAAUUGUAAUUCAACUUUUUAAUAACUGGACUGAUUUUACCUUCUUUUUAUUAUUAUUACUAUAUUAUUAUUAAUAUUAUAUUUUUACUAUUAUUGCUAUCAACAUCACUAUUACUAGCACUACUAUUGCUCCUACUAUUAUCGCUAUUACUAUCAUUACUAUUCUAUCACUAUGACUAUCACUAUUUCCACUACUAUCAUCACUACUAUCACUCUCACUACCGUUACUGUCGCUCUUUAAUAUUACUAUCCGUCUAGAGAAUGAGCAUACUUAAAGGGUUGCCGCUUUGUCGCAUAAGUUAAUUCGCGCAUAUCUUUAAAUCUCAAACUGUAUUGAGAAAGCAUGUACGGCGGCGUGUAUGCUUUGUAGUUUGCGCACAGAUCUCGUGAUUUUUCAAUUUGGUUGAUGGAUUUCAUCCCAUUUUUCUUUUUUUUUUCUUGUUUUUAUAAGAUGAUAAGCUAUAAAACGCGAGUAAAAUAUACAAUAAAUGGAUAUUAAGGGCCUUACGUGAAGAGAAAAUGAGCAAACGUAUGAGGUGUAGAAAUUUGAUAUUAUAAAGUAGCAGCGAAAUUUCGAGGGAGGUAGACUGGCGCUGUACGAUUACGGCGCGACAUCGAAAUCUGUGGCUUUAAAUUAUAAGCAUACAUCGUAUCUAAUCUAUUUAGCAUGUGUUGAAGUAGCGUCGCGGGUAAAUGUAGCAUAAUAUUUUUUCGUGCAAGCAGAAAAUUAAAUUUAUUAUGUCGCAUAACGCUAGUGAAUAAUAAUCGAUUAACCGUGAAAUAAGAAAAAAAAAUAUAUAACGAAAGACUGAAUAAUUCACGCGCCACGAGCCGUCGAUUUAGAUUAUCUGGAUGCUUUCACUGUCCCUUCCGUUCGCACGGACCUCGCGAGCGCGUGAAUUGAAUAAUUGGAGAAGACUGCGAAGAAGGAAAAACUUGUCAAAAUAAUUAAGAAUUUAGCGAGCGCGCGCGAGAGAGAAAGUAAGAGCGAGAGGUAAAAAAAAAAUGAGCGAGAGAGUAUACCGAGAUUGGAAGACGAUGAAAUUAGUUAAUUAGUAUAUAUUAUAUUAGUGAUUAUUGUAACAAUUAUAUUCUGCUAGAGGGUAAAUACGUGUAAGAUCGCGCGGUGAUUUCUCGAAUCCAGGAGUAUCCUGCUAGGGUAAAAAAAAGCUAAGAACUGUCUAUAUUUAGUAAUAAUCGUAAACACACUCGAAAGGGAUGACCCAUACUUAAUCAUUAUUUCGUUUCACAUACGCGAUACCUUUUACUCGAUCAGCGGCAAUAGCAGCAGCAGCACCACCAAAACUGUGUAUCCGAUCGGUUAUAUAUACAUAUAUAUUGCGAAGGAUGAAACUCCACGAAUUCCAAGAGAGAUGAUCAAAAGCUAGUCAAACGUUUCUAAUUUCUACCAGUUAACCUGUAUAGUUAAUUAAUUGUACAUUAAAUCUACAUUACACACAUUGCCAGAAUUAUAUAGGAAGACACUCGUGAGAGGAGGAAAAAGGAGAGGGAGGACACACACAUAUAUAUAUUAUAUAUACAAUCUACAUCUUACACACAUACACAAUGAUACACACACGUACGCACGCGCGCACGCACAGACACACGUACAUUCACACAUUUGUCACGUUAUUAUACACGCAAUAAGUAAAGCGAUCCGAGCGAGAACGCAUGUGAAAAAGCUCAAAGACUGCUCCUAAGCGACAUCAGGAAUUUCAUUCAGCGUAGAAUUACUACUUAUAUAUUUCAUCUAAUCGAAGCGCAGCAUCUAAUCUCCAACUGAUAAAGGCAGGACCUGAAAUUGUAAUAAAGGAUGCAAAGAGAUUUUAUCCGCAUUAUACAUAUAGCGAUCAGAGCUAAUGGAAAAAAAAAAUGGAAGGGAAAAAAGGAGUGAAAAAAAAAAGAUGUAAUCAAUCCUGCCGAGGAUCGGAGGCCGCCGCUACGUUAAUUUUCUGCCGAUCGAUCAUUAAUCUAUCGUCAUUGUUGUUUGUGGUAAGCUUUUACGGACUAGCAUAAACGUAAAUGUACUUAGUACUGUGCACAACCUCUGUCAGGAUCGACGGACGCCUCCUCUGUCUUGCUCAAAAUUAACUGUCGGCGGCGGUUUGUUACGUGAUUUUCGAAGGCGCGAAAGAGCUGUUGAUGAUGCGCGCGCGAACGAGUGAAAACGAACGGAUAAACAAAUCGACGAGAUGUUUAACUGAAAACCUUUGGUCGCAAAGUGGAAAAUCACAAGGAGAGAGAAUGAUAAUGUGUAUCCUAUGUACAGGAACAAACACUUCGAGUAAUCAUGAAAGAAGCGUUGUCUCUCAAUAUAAGAUAGAUGUUAAUAAAUGUAUAAUGCAUGCAUUGUGUAGUUAUAAAAGAAGAAGAAAAUGUAAAAAUCUGAAACGGAUGCCGGUGGGCAAUGAAAAGUUUCACGUGAACGGUAACACGAAAUUUUUCCAUUUGAAAGAGAAAAUACUGUACUUACAUAUUAAUGGGACAACCUACCUUCGGCCGUCUCGAUGCGACAUCAAAAUUCCUAUUAGUAUGUAAAUACUAAUGAUCUUGUAACUCCUUGCGAUUUUCCAAUUCGCGAUUAUCUGCACCACAUACGCGUGUGCACAUUUUAUUUGCUUUGACUCGUUACAUUCAUAUCGAGUUCUCUGGCUAUCCUUUUUGGACAGCGGUAAAAUGUCACCACGCUCGUCGUGUUUCUGUUAUCCGCUCGUUGACCUCGGUUCAGGAUAGACGAAAGUAGAUAUUGUACGGGUUGAAGAUUUCGCUGACUAUUCUUUGGCCGGACACUCUUGCGGUGCCAUCGACUGUUUAGGAAUUGCCCUACUGGUAUCGCAGGUAGUAGACUACUCGGAAUGAUUUUCUUUGAUUGCGAUUUCGAGGACAAGACGUUGCGAGUUUCCGGCUGAAGGUAUUCACGAUGAGACCCAGAUAGCAAAUGGUAAUUAGAAUCCGAUCUGUGGAUAUAAGUAUAGGAUCGACGCGUUGUAGCGACUGAUUUUACUUUAAAGAUAAACGCGUCGCGCGACCGGAAAGCACGCCGCGAGACGCUUUUUUUCUUGUACGCGGAGGGGGGGCCCCGCGCCCCCCUUCCGUUGGAAUACUAGUGUUCACGUUUUGCCGCAGCUUCUCCGGAUAAUAUUAGAUAAGUCAUAAUAAGACCCUUCGUCAGAUUGCUAACUGGGAUUACCUUAGUCACAUAAGUAAGCUGGGCAACUUGUAAAAAUGCAAUUUUUGUACUGUUAUAAAAAAAAAGUUAAAUAGACGAGGGUACACUGACGUUGUAGCGUGAAAGAACAUUUUUCAAUAAAAGAUUUUUCAUACGCAUA